AUGAGUGAAUUCAUCAAAUCCCAAAAUGUUGGAUUCUGUAUUGUCUUUCUUAUGGCAUCCUUUGGAACUCAUUUCAUAGAUGCAUCAAGAGAUUUGGCUUUACAUAAAAACUCAAAACAAAGUUCAACCCAUAAGCGAUAUGAGGCUGGUAGAGCGGUAGAUGGAGUUCUCGGCAUUGAUGUAACAGACGGACACUGUUCCCAUACAGGUCUAUAUCACCGACAAGCCUGGUGGGAGGUUGACCUGGGACAUAUUUACCGAAUACAGACGAUCAAUAUCACAUAUAGACGUAGUCGAACAGAUCAUCUAAAAGACUAUAGUCUUUACGUAGCAAACAAUAGGAGCAUGACAAUGCCUGAUGGGUUUAUCAAUGAACAGUUAGGCUAUUUGUGUUACCAUGACGCUGAUUCCACAAUACCAACGUAUAAUCAGUCACGUCCGUGUCACGUUGAUGGGAGAUACGUUGUGUUCUACAACAACAGAAAGAACGAAGACGCAUUUGUUGAGCUUUGUGGGAUCCAAGUCUACGGAUGUCCCACCGGAAAGUUUGGGUUUAUGUGUAGUGACACCUGUCACUGUCAGUCUAGUGGAUGUAACCCUGACACCGGGGAGUGCGACGUAGACGGAUGUCAGACUGGUUGGAUGGGACUAUCAUGCAGUCUCCGAUGUCACUGUAACUCGGGAGGAGCCUGUAACAUAGAUACAGGGGCCUGUAGUGGAGGAUGUCAGUCCGGAUGGUCGGGACGCAGCUGUGCCGUUUGGCAAUAUACCUUCCGAAUGUCCGGGUUUUAUCUCUAUAUAUCAAACAGUUCCUAUAAUAACUCCCAAGCGCUGAGUCGAGACUAUUUAUGUUACCAUGACCACGGACCCGGUCUGCCCUCCUACAUCCAGUCACUAUGGUGUUCUGUCUCAGGUCGAUACGUCAUAUUCUAUAACAAACGUCCUGCUGACUACGAGCCAUUGAAUGUAAAGUAUUAUUCGGAAAGGAAUGCAACUAUUGAGCUGUGUGAGGUCCAGGUCAUUGGAGUUUGCGAUCCGGGUAAAUUUGGAAAAGACUGUAGCCAGACAUGUCACUGUGUCACAUCUGACUGUAACAAAUUGACGGGGUCUUGUCUUAUCCUGGGCUGUUCCGCUGGCUGGGCGGGUAAAGCUUGUGACCAAGUCUGUUCUCAUGGACACUUUGGUCCAGACUGUCGGCGCAUGUGUCAUUGUAACAUUGGGGAAUGUAACAGAAUUGAUGGUACAUGCAACAUAUCGGGUUGUGUUAGUGGUUGGAGCGGAGUGGCUUGUGAUACAGAUUGUGAUUUAGAUAGGUUUGGAGAGAAUUGUAUACACAAAUGUCACUGUAAGGAAGAAGGAUGCGAUAACGCUAAUGGCAAGUGUAAAGUCACAGGAUGCAUGGAUGGAUGGAAGGGGACAUCUUGUGAUCAAU